CACCUUCCUAUCUAUACAGCCACGCCUCCAUUUUCUCUUCCAUCCCCCUCUUCCGUUGGUCUCCAUCCUCUAGCUCGCUCUCUUCUCGAUUUGGUAUCCAACUCUCCGUUGCACCUCCCAAAACUUGAGAGAUUUGCUUCUUCCUCCUCUACACAGAAGUUGAUCUGGAUCCAUAGGAGAAGUUUCAGACUUGUUCGCCUCUUUUGCUUCAAAAACAAUGGUGGUGUCACAGCGUAGCAAUAGAUUCUUCAAGUUUAGAGAUCCACGAGGCACUACAGCAGAAAGCACACACGCUCUCCAAUCUUAGUCUCCUUGCGAUCGACUGCCUACGUCCCAGAUUACCCACAUAGCAGGGCAAAAGGAGUCCCCCACAUCACGAAUAGGAGGCACCCACGCCCUCCAUCACCACAAUAACUACAUAGCGCGCACACAAAAAGUUGCACAUCGAAUUCCUACAAGAUAGAGCCAAGACGAAAAGGAGACUGACCUUGUCCAUCCAAAACUCUUGGUGUCGAUCAACCAAUACUAAUUACCACCUAUAACUUGUGGUUUAUUUUCAACACCAAUGGUUGGAAGGUACCGUCACGACUUCUCACGUGCAUUCGGGGGUGACAUGAAUAUGGCCUGGAUCAUGCUGCGAAUCGACUACUCGAGGCUCUUCUGGCAGCUCUUCGGCGUAUUCUCCUACGAGAACCAUGAAGGAAAGCCUCGGAUCUAGCAGUCCCUCAACCUCGUCCUUCAGGGCUCUCCAUACUUCUUCCAGCUGAGAUUGCAGUCGAUCCAUCCCAGCGUUCUUUCUUUUCUCAUCAUCAUCAUCAUCAUCAUCAUCGUCUUCUUCUUGUUUGUUAAUGAGGCCGCCGGUCAUGCCUGAGAAAGGGCGUGCGGAGCGGAUUGCCGUGGGGAACGGGUUCGUAGAGACCGAUCCGACUGGUCGCUAUGGUCGUUUUGAUCAAGUGCUCGGAAGAGGUGCUGUGAAAAUAGUCUACAGGGCAUUUGAUGAGCUAAAUGGUACGGAGGUGGCAUGGAACCAAGCUAAGCUCAGCGAGGUGAUACGGUCACCUGAGGCACUGCAGCGCCUGUACUCGGAGGUCCACCUCCUCAGCUCCCUCUGCCAUGAAUCCAUCAUCAAAUUCCAUGCUUCGUGGAUUGAUGCAGCAAAUAGGACUUUCAACUUCAUCACCGAGAUGUUCACAUCUGGCACGCUCCGAGAAAAUGGAUUUAGGUACCGACAAAGAUAUCCACGAGUCCAUAUCAGGACUGUCAAAACCUGGGCCCGGCAGAUACUUCAGGGGAUCCUCUACUUGCACAGUCAUGAUCCGCCAGUGAUACACAGAGACCUCAAGUGUGACAACAUUUUUGUCAAUGGCCACCUCGGGCAACUCAAGAUUGGUGAUCUCGGCCUGGCUGCCAUGCUCCGGGAAGCCCACUGCGCGCACAGUGUCAUAGGAACGCCCGAGUUCAUGGCGCCGGAAGUCUACGAAGAAGAAUACAACGAGCUUGUUGAUAUAUACUCCUUCGGCAUGUGCGUGCUGGAGAUGCUGACCUCUGAAUACCCCUAUAGCGAGUGCUCCAAUCCAGCUCAGAUUUAUAAGAAAGUUACCUCAGGGAAAUUGCCUGAUGCUUUCCAUCGCAUCCGAGACCCUCAAGCAAAGCGUUUCAUCGGGAGGUGCCUAGAAACGGUCUCCAAGAGAUCAUCGGCUAAGGAGCUCCUUCACGAUCCCUUUCUAGCAUUUGAAGAUCGUCCGACUACUUCGCCAUGCUUCAAGAGUCCAUCUCAUGAGGUUAAGAACAUCGUCCAUGGAGAUUAUGAUCCCUCACAGGCGACAGAUGGCCCCCGAGCCACCAGUCCUGUACCGAAGCGUACGGACAUGACGAUUACCGGCAAGAUGAAUCCUGAGGACGAUACUAUCUUCCUCAAAGUGCAGAUUUCUGAUCGAGAAGGUAAGAUGAGCAACAUAUAUUUUCCUUUCGACAUCGUUGGCGACACAUCAAUAGAUGUGGCCAAUGAGAUGGUAAAAGAGCUGGACUUAACAGAUCGAGAAGCAUCAGAGAUAGCAGAGAUGAUAGCCCAGGAGAUAUCAAGGUUGGUGCCUGGUUGGAGGGAAGGUGCUCCCGAGGACUGUCACCAUGUAUACAACUAUGUGGAAGAUGACCAGGACGGGAGCAACCAUCCUUUCUACUGCCUCUCCUCCCCUACGUCCUCCCAAGGGUCAGAAUUCGGGGGAAGCUCUUCUCAGGGGAUCUUCUGCCAGCAGCACAAUCCUCGCCAAGUAGACUGGCUUGGAGAUGGCCUGUUCCAAGAUGAUGACGACAAGAGCUCUGUUCAUUCGAGUAAAUAUUCUGCUGUGAACUACACCUCAGGUGGUGAGCUAGAAAGCGAUGGCAGCUUCCACCGAAAGGAACCGAUGCCGCUGGUACCCAGCAGUAGCCGCUGCAAAUGGACAAGGUUUUGUCCCGAGGACAGCUCCGCCGAGGAUGACUACAUAAGCCAUAAACUCCACGAGAAGUGCAACAUUUUGACAGAGGCCUCGCACGUUGGUGGAGGCAAGAGGCGUGUCGACAGCCGGCGGUUAAUGAGGAACCAGUCGAUGAUGGACGUGCGAAGCCAGCUGCUGCACAAAGCUCUGGUGGAGGAGCUAAACAAGCGCAUGUUUAAGACGGUUGGUGCGGUCGAGAACAUAGGGUUCCAAGUGCCAUGUGAUGGCCUCCGAGGAGCCUCUCGAGGAGACUAUCGGAAGAAAAAGUAUGGGCCUGAGCGGCAAAGAUGUUGAAGGCUCUUCCCGGGGAAACCUCUCAGCCAUGUUUCUGAUGCUAAUACAUAUACGCAUGUGACCUGGAGUUGUUGACCACGUGUGUAAAAUUGUGAAUAUUUGUCAUCCUACGUGUGUGCGCGCGUUAUGUGACUAGCUAUCUUGGUAGAAUGCCUAUGGCCAGAUGGGCUACAGCUUUUUGAUCGA